UUCGUGCUGCCAACACGGCUCGCGCGAUCGUGACGGUAUAUAUAUAUGUAUGUAUGCAUUGUCGAUCGUAUCCGAUCGUUGUGUUUUGUAAUCGUUUUUGCAUCAGUGUCCGUAAAUUUUUAUGCGAAAAAUCGUCUUCAGCACGUAGAUAUCAUUUAACGAUCAAUCGUGCAUACUUGUAACGUACAGGUAUCAGUAUCGUCGUUUUUUUCCUUUCGGAGCAGUGUACACGUUGAAAGAGGCGAAGGUCAACCGGCGAAUGCCGUCGCCGUCGACUGCUGUUAGCUAGACUCAUAUACCUGUAUACCAUCAGGGCAAAGGAGGCGUGGAGGAGAGAAAGAGCGCGAAACGAGUCUGCCUACCUGCCUACUGUCUUUUUUUGUAUACCUGCUGCGUGUACAGUGAGAAAAAAAAAUAUAUAUAUAUACACAUGUAUCAGUGAGUGAAGAAGAAGACCUUUGGGUGCGCAAGGUUAUACUUGAGUUUGUUAUCCUUUUUUUUUUUCGUUCAUUCUUUUUCCCUGUUUCAUUUCGUACACUUGUUGGUUAUUCGCUUUUGAAUUUCAAACGUUCGCGCGCUCUUGGAGCGAUUUUUUCGAUAAAUCGGUACAGUGAGAGUGAGACCAGUAAGUUCUGAUAAAUAUAUAGAGUGUUUUUUAAAAAAGAAGAAAAAAAAAGUGCGGUGUACAACAGGUUAAACGCAAAGAUGCAGGGGACGAUGACGACGAGGAUGAUCGGCUUCCUGUUGGUGCUGAUGGUGGUGUCAAGGUGGGAUUUCGUGUGUGCCAAGCAGUCAGUCGACGCGAGGAUUCGCGAGGACACCGAUUUGUCUCAGUUCUACCAGCUGUUGGAAAACAAUCCAAUCGCAAACAGUACACUGAUGCACAGGCACGUCACGGUCUUCGCGCCGACCAAUCAGGCCUUUCAGAGGUACAAAGGCAGCACCGAGAACAACCUGGUUCUCUACCAUUUGUCGAAUCAGCCUCUGAAGACCGAGCAGUUCGGCCAAUCGUUAAGCUCUGAGCUUGAGGGCAACCCGCCAUUAUGGGUGACCAGAAGACCUGCAAUGAAAGGCCACGAGGACAUCUUCAUCAACAACGCGAGAAUAGUAGAAUCCAACUACGAAUCCACUUUCGGGCCGAACGAGAACGAAAGGAAGAUCCAGGUAUUGCACAAGAUAUCGGAAGUUCUCGAGCCCGUUCAGCCUCGAGGUUCAGAAUUAAUAUACAACCCGAACGCCUAUCAAUUUCUCACGCAAAGUGAAAACUUGAAUCUUGGAAAUCAUCGUAUACGCACUUUCCAGCAACGGGUGAGGUACACCGAAAAGAAAAAUGUGUUCAGCGCAGAGGGAAAGUACACCUUUUUCAUACCAGUCGACGAAGGUUUCAAGCCAACAAUGCGAUCCAACAAGAUUGACAAGAUGGUGAUCGACGGCCACGUGAUACCCAAUCACGUGCUCUUCACGGCUCCGACCCCAAGCAACAAACCGUACGAGACUUUGGCUUUUGGGGACAACCUUAAGGUCACCAUUAGUUUCUCAACCGAACGGUCCGACAAGGGUAGCGACAAGUACUACGUCAAAUCGGACACGUUGGUGGGUGACUCACAGCACCCGUCAGCCUCGGUGUUGGCUGAAAUCGUCAAGCCAAACAUUCCCGUGAAAAACGGCGUCGUCCAUCUGAUCCUCAAUCCACUAAUGGUCGUUGACACAACCGUACAAGAGUUCAUUCAGACUUGGAAGGGCAUCGACAAAGAGGAUGGCCCGCUGUUCAAGUUUUACGAGGUGAUACGCGACCAGGGCGACGAUUUCAUGAGGUCAGUGUCGCGUCACAUGAACGUGACGUUGUUCGCGCCACGCAACGCUGCCUGGGAGGAGCCCGGGGUAAAGCAGAUUCUCCAGGACAAGGAACGACUCAAGGAACUGCUCAACUUGCAUUAUGUACGCGAGUACCUGCCACUCAACGUUAUUGAGAAGAAAACGAUUAAACAGCCUUUUUGGGCUGGUAAGACGUAUUAUUCGGUGAGCACAGCAGCGCCCUUGACGAAGCUGUAUUUCAACGUAGUGGAAGGCCCCUCGGGCAACAACACAGUCACGGUGGAAGGUGGUGGCGUCAACGCUACAAUCAUCACGGCGAACAUUGGGGCGGUCAAUGGUAUCAUUCACAUAAUUGAUCGAGUCCUUGGUGUGCCGUACACCACUGUCCUCGACAAACUCAAGACGGAUCCAACUCUCAACUCGACGUACCAUUUAGGCAUGAGCCACGCCUUCAACAACCAACUGGACGACAGCGAGAAGCGUUUCACGUACUUCGCGCCCCAGGAUCGCGCUUGGGCGAACAUGCAGAUAAUGCUGCCCUCCGUGCACAAGAAACUCUUCAUGUCUGACUACGCCUAUCAUGUGAGUUACCAGAUCGAGUGGAACAAUCGAAAAAUCAAAGUUAUCCGACCAGACGUUGCCUGCACCAACGGCAUCAUCCACGUGAUCGACGACGCGAUGCUCACGGAAUCGGACAUCCAAGUGACGCGUGACAAUGGUGGUGGCACGUCCGCACCGAUGCUCACCCUCAUCAUGUCUCACGUGUUAUCGAUCUUCAUUGCCAAGUGGCUGCUCUAA